AUGGUUGACGACCUAAGGAAAUAUUUGAAUCAUCUACUGGAAAAGGUGAACGGGCUUCACUGUAUCCUUAUAACUGAUCGUGAUGGCGUGCCUCUUGUUAGAGCAGUCACAGAGAGGGCUCCGCAGUUAGCAUUGAGGCCUAAUUUCAUAUCAACAUUUGGUAUGGCGACUGACCAAGCAAGCAAACUCGGCCUAGGAAGAAAUAAGACAAUUAUUUCAAUGUAUUCUAGUUACCAGGUAAUACAAAUGAACAAGCUACCUUUAGUUGUCACAUUUAUUGGUAGCGAUAAUUGCAACACUGGCCAUAUAUUGUCUCUGGAAAGUCAAAUAGAACCUUUUCUAAAGGAUUUAGCAGCGGUAGUAGCAGAUGCCCCUUAA